AUGUUGGGCCAGUUUUCUGGAUCGGUUAUUAGUCUUGCGAGCUCGCUGAGCAGCUUUCAUAGGAGGGCUGCGGAGCAGCAGGGAGGUUUAUUGAGCGGGGUGGACCCAACGCAGUUCAUAAGUGCUGAUCCGAUACGACUAUGGAUUGUCCAAGUCGGUAUCAUCGUACUGACUGCUCAACUUCUCAGCAUCGGGUUAAAGCGCCUCAAAGAACCCAAAGUCAUCUCAGAGGUCCUCGGUGGCAUCCUGCUUGGUCCAACAGCAUUUGGCCGCAUCCCAGGCUUCACACAGCACAUCUUCCCAGCGGAAUCCAUUCCCUAUCUCUCCCUCGUUGCUAACAUCGGUCUCGUCCUCUUUCUCUUCCUGGUCGGGCUCGAAAUCGAAACAGCUGUAAUCAAGAAAAAUGCACGAUACUCGGUACCAAUUGCCCUUGCUGGGAUGGUACUCCCGUUUGGACUUGGGGCAGCACUGGCUUUACCGAUAUACCAACAAUACAUCAACGAGGAUGAGGUUUCGUAUACCCAUUUCAUGUUGUUUGCAGGUGUUGCUUUUUCUAUCACCGCCUUUCCCGUACUUUGUAGGAUCCUCACUGAGCUGAAGCUUAUGGACACGACUGUCGGUAUCGUUGUCCUUUCUGCAGGGAUCGGGAACGGCAUCAUUGGGUGGACCCUCCUUGCUCUGUGUGUCGCACUCGUCAACGCUGCUUCUGGUCUCUCAGCACUUUGGAUUUUAUUGACUGCGGUGGCAUGGACGUUAUUCCUACUCAUUCCGGUGAAACGAGUAUUCAAAUGGUUUGCUCAACGAACGGGAUCCAUCGAGAACGGUCCGACAAUGAGUUUCAUGACCGCCACGAUCCUUAUGACCUUUGCAUCCGCGUUUUUCACCGAUAUUAUUGGUGUAAAUGCUAUCUUCGGUGGCUUCCUGGCUGGGCUAGUCGUACCCCGUGAAGGAGGACUAGCAAUCUCGUUAACCGAGAAGCUUGAGGAUAUGGUUUCGAUCAUCUUUCUUCCUCUAUAUUUUACGCUUUCUGGACUGUCGACGAAUCUGGGUCUGUUGGAUGAUGGUAUUACUUGGGGAUACACGAUUGCGAUUUGUUGUCUUGCUUACUUUGGCAAGUUCGGAGGAUGUUCGGUUGCGGCUAGACUUUGCGGAUUCAAGUGGAGAGAGGCGAGCACGAUUGGAUCUCUUAUGAGUUGCAAGGGGCUUGUCGAGCUUAUCGUCCUAAAUAUCGGCUUACAAGCCGGAAUCCUUACUCAGAAAGUCUUUUCGAUGUUUGUCUUUGAGGCGCUGGUGUUGACGUGCAUGACUACACCUGUCGUACAAGUCUUGUAUCCUCCAAGCGCUAGAACGCGGGCCAUCGGGGUCGGUCCAAAUUACAAAGCGUCGGGAGAAGAAAAGGGAUCUAUGGCUCGUCCGAGAACAGAAAGAGGGGAUGACGUGUGGAAGGCCCGGUUUACAGUUGUUCUUGAUGCAAUGGAGCAUCUUCCUGGGAUGAUGGCGCUUACGCAACUCAUCCUUCCUCCGCCUGGUGAGUAUGAUAAUGAGGAAGAGAGGGGAAAAGUGGACGAAGGGUUGAAGAGGAGGGGAGCUUCGUUGGGAAGCUCGAUUUCUCGUCCACCGAGGGCAAAAUCAAACGUUGUCGUUGACGCUCUGAGGCUUAUAGAACUUUCCGAUCGUACAUCGGCUGUGAUGAAGUCGACCUCAGCAGCGGACCACCUCAUUCAUACGGAUCCACUGCUCAAUGCGUUCAAGACGUUCGGCGAACUGAAUGACCUGAGCAUCUCGUCUUCGAUUUCGGUUGUGACUUUUGGUGACCUUGCUUCUCGUGUAGCAGAUCGCGCACGAGAUUUUGGUUCGCAGCUUGUUCUGGUUCCUUGGCUUCCGCCUUCUGCUCCAAUGGCUACAAGUCCUACCGAGGCUCCUCCAACAUAUGCAGCACCCGUAACACCCGUUUUAAGCUCGUUCGACAUGCUCUUCCGAACACAAACAAGCGAGAAAUCCACCUCUGUCGUUCACUCUCACUUUAUCCGUGCAGUCUUCGCCCAAUGUCAAACGGACGUUGCGUUGUACGUCGAUCGAACCAUGCCUUCUUCCUCAGACCACUUUGGUGUAAACCCCGCGACGGACGUACACAGUAAUCGAUUUGGUAGCAGGCACCAUAUCUUGCUUCCGUUCUUCGGUGGACCUGACGAUCGACUUGCGCUAAAGUUUGUAGUGCAGUUGUGUGCGAAUCGGAAGGUUAGUGCGACUGUUGUGCGGAUGACGAAGAGUGAGACUUGGGCGGAGGUUAAGAAGAUAGACGAUCGACUUGCGCUAGAGUUUGUGGUGCAGUUGUAUGGGAAUCAGAAGGUUGGUGCGACGAUGAAGAGUGAGACUGGGAUAACUGAAAUACCAGAUACAGUCUACGGUGCCUUCACAACCCAGGCACGCUUACAAUCCGAAACAGCCGACAACCUCGUCUGGGCACGUUACGCCUCUCCCUCACCCACCUCCGAACCCCUCCCACAACGUGUCACAGACGCACUUCAGCGGGUCUCCUUCCACGAACAAGUCUCCCCUACACCUCUUCACUCACUCAUAGACGAAGUAACUUCGCAACUGACACGUGCGAACUCACAUGGUAGGAGACUUGUAGUCGUGUUGGGGAGGUCUAGGAGGUUAUCUAUGGAGGAUCAUACGAAGGAGUUGAGGAAGCUUGUGGAGGUGCAUGGUGGGGGGAGCGUUGGUGGGGAGGUGAGGGAGACUAUUGGGGAUGUUGCGAGUGCGCUUGUGGUGAGUGGGUGUGAUGUGGGUAUUGUUGUUAUGCAGGCUGCAAAUCGGAGUGUUGAUGCAUAG